AUGACAUUUUUCCGGGUUUAGCACAAAACCUGGGCUUAUAAACAGUCUUUCUUCUCUUCCUGCGACCAGGUCAUCUUGGCGUGACCUCGAUGUUAUUAUGAUAAAAAAAAACACGUGGUUUCCUUGACUCUCCCUUUAACAGCUGGAGUUUAAAAGGCUUCAGUUUACUGUCGCUCGCUCGACCAAUGGAAUGACGACUUAGGUUUUCGAAAAGAAUAAUCGUCAACCGGCUGUUAGGUGUAUUUUUGUAGGGCUGUGAAUUGAGUGUGGGUCUGUGGAGAUUGCAGUGCAGGAUAAAACGCACAACUAUUUGCCUUAAUUUAAUGCGUAUUUGGUUUUUCUAACCUAGUUCGGGACACGUUACGGGUUUUGCACUUUCGUUUGCAGAAAACGAAAGUAAAAAAAUAAAGGUUUGUUACGUUUUGCACUGAGAACUCCACUGAGAAGAUUUUAACACCCCUCUCUAUGUAAUCCAUACUGUAUAUUAUUCCCAGCGAUGCGACCUUUUUUCAUCUUCAUCUUUUUUCAGACUCUGACUCUUCCUGUCACUGCAGGCACAUUCACUCUGCGGUAUCUCUACACGGGGGUGGCCAGAGAUGUGGACAGAUUCAGCUUCAGUGCAGUGCUCACUUUAAACCACGUCCCCAUCCUCUUCUACGACAGCCGGACUGGAAACAUAGUCCCGCGCCAGGAAUGGCUGAGAGAGGCAUUUGACUCGGCCUUCUGGGACACCGAGAGGAUGAGGAACAGAGAGCAGUUGAUUGUUUUUGAAUCCACCAUGCUACUGAUGAUGCAGAGCUUUAAUCACACCACUGCUGAGCCACACACGUACCAGCGGCUGCGGGAGUGCAAGCUGGAAGCUAAUGGGGAUGUCCGGGUGUCUGACCGGUUUGGCUAUGAUGGAACGGAUUACCUCAGCCUGGACCAAGGCACGGGCACCUGGAUCCCAGCUGUCCCGCAGGCACAGAGCGUCAAACAGAAGUGGGACGCUGACACAGCCAGGACACAGGAAUGCAGGGUGUACCUGGAGGAGGAGUGCAUCCAGGUUCUGAAGACACUCAUUCGCAACGGGACAGGAGCUCUGGAAAGGCCAGUGUACGUUGAAGUGUUCCAGGUGGAAAGAGAGCCAUGGGAGUUCUGUUGCCUUGUGACGGGGAUCUCGUCGUCGGGAGCAGAGGUGCAGUGGGUGGUAGACCAGCAGGGGGUGCUGGCAGAGGGCCAGAGUAGGGAAGAGCUGCUACCCAAUGGGGAUGGGAGCUUCCAGGUGAGGCAGGUCCUCAGAGUGAGCCAGCAGGAGCGGGAGAGACAUAGCUAUGCCUGCCAAGUGAAUGGAACCUUGCAGGAGCCCUCUUUUCCUAAACUGCGGAGUAAAUUUGCCUUUUUUGCAUUUUUGUUAACAAUCCUUGCACUGUCUGUGCUGGUUUGUGCCGGACUGUACUAUCUCAGUGUUGUGAAGACAAGAACACAAGGUUCGGAUCAGCUCAGAUAUGUGCCAGGUCCAUUGGGCUCAACAGGCUUUUAUCACCCAGGAGAGCAGCACAAUGAACCUUAGGUGUAAAGGAACAAGAAAGAAAAAGACUCAACAGCCCCGAAUGCAGACAGCAGAAGAGAACAACAAACUUAACAAAAAAUUAUUGUGUGACAAAUAGCAAGCCUUUGUACACCAACAAAAUCGCAAAAUCCACACUUUAUCAAACUCUAUAAAAAUAAUUAUGAUAAUUUUUAUAAAUGGUUUCUUGUGUUUAGUUUGGACUGCAAGCAAACAGUUAAUUAGAAAAGAGAUAGAUGGUAUUCUAACCAUUCAAAAAUGUAUAAAAGCCAUAAAACAGGACUUCUGGGAAAAAAAAACAGCUUUUCUAAUUAAAAUGGUAUACAUUCUUUAGCCACUAAGAAACAAUGUAUGCAGGUAAGCUAUUCAGCAUACUUCCUUUUCAAGUACUAGUAAAAUGGUAUUACUAUCUCUAGUAAUGCUAGAUAAGUUGCUGCCAACUAGUGUUGGUAUUGUGGCAGAAUAACUUUUCUCCUUCAAGCACCUUGCAACAGGAGGUUUAAGGUCCUCUGUAGACUUAAUGCUUUAUCCCCCUGUCCUUGUCUUGUGGUUCUAAAAACUUCACUGAACCUGUGGUAGGCAUUUGACACUGCUUGAUACACCCACUCUGCACAGGAGACCCAAAGCUGCUAGUUGUGAACUAUGCAUCAAGCAGCAGUGGAUAUUAAUGAUAAGACUGCCCGCUCAUCUGAAAGACAAAGCACAAGGAAGCUCAGGCUGAUGCACAGUGGAUUCGUGACACAGCAGGGGUUGGAACAGUUCCAAAGCUUUUGCUUCAACCACUGGACCACAACUACUGUAAUGUAACCAAGCUAUUUCUGAUUAUGCAUUCAAAAUACUAAGCUUUGAGUUAGUAUUUUGUUGCUUUCAUGUAUUUGUUGUAGAUAUGUACUGUACAUUUUAGAAAUGUAAUAAAACUGUACUUAGGAAAUUAAGUAUGUUAAAUCUGAAGGACUGAUGAUGGUUGAAAGUGUGAGUGAUUGACCAUGGUAAUAUUUUGUACUUUGUUCAGUGUACAAUAACUUUGUAUUAAAGUAAUAGCUGAAAAGCGGAGCCUUUCAGCAUA